UGACUGAGCUUUGCCUGGAUACCUACUGCAUUACUCAGUAAGAACUCAACAGACAGCCAAGACUACAUGAACAGAUUUAGGACAUUUUCUGUUUCGAUUGUCAGUAGUGAACCAACAAACAAUGGAUGUCUCUGGAUCAAAACAAAUAUAUAGAAGGAAAAUACUGCGCUUGCUUUCUUGUUUCUCUUGUACCCGAGAUCAAAGUAAACGCAAACAUAGAUCCCAUGAGGUGGGAAAACACCUCUGUAGAGAAAAUAAGGCGUUGAGAGAGGAAAACAAGGCUCUGCGAAGAGACAACAAAUGCCUCUGGGGGGAAAACAAAGCCCUGGGAAGAGAAAAUGAGACCUUUCGGAUGGACAACCAGUUCAUCAGGGAAAGAAAUCAUAUCCUAAGGCAGCAAAACCAGCUACUCCGGAAGGUGAAAAGGUUGAUUUUAGAGAACCCAAAGCUGCCUGGCGAAGAACUCAGUGCCUUGAACACAGAAGGAAAUACUUUCUGGCAGCAGAAUCGAGCGAUGGAGGCUCAGAUCACAGCUCUCCGACAACAAGAGAAAGCCUUCCAGAAUGAGGCUAAGGCUCUACAUGAAGAAAUCAAAUCCCUGCGUGAAGAGACCAAGGCUCUCCAGCACCAGGAGACAGCUCUCAGAUUGGAAGAAAAAGCCCUGAUGAAGGAUAGAGUGGCUGCUGAGCUGGAGGAGGCCCUGACGAAAGAGGGGGUUGCUCUCGAGAUGGAAGAACAAGCUUUGUGGAAGGAGGAGGAGGCUCUUCGGGAGGAGAACAAGGCACUGAGAGAAGAGCACGGGGCUCUACAAGAUGAAGAAACUGCCCUGCAGGAGGAGGCUAAAAUCCUGCAGGAGUGGAAUAAUCUUCUUCAGGGGAAAAUCACAACCACCCACUCAGGAAAAGAUGCACAAUAAUGACCCAGAGAAGUGUGACCUAAGAAUACAAACGCAAUGUCAUGACCAUCGCUGUAUUUCAGAACAUAAAACCUAGAAUUCGAAGGUGAAAGAUUAUUGUCAGAAGCCUCAGAAAUUGAAGUGCUCGAUAUUUGGUCCUAAAUAUUGGAAACUAAAUAAAGGCCUG